UUCUCACCGAUUAUCAUAUGCAAUUUGUCUUCAAACAUCUUUUGUUUCUCUUGAAGACUUGUACUAUAGAGUUAAAAAAGUUCUAUAUAGGGCACACACUAAUAAAUUCACUAACUAUCACAAAUAGAAACAGAGAAGUGGUAGCUUAGUUAAUUUUUUAGUACAACAUCAUGCACAUAGAAGCUCAAGAACAUUAUGGUGGUGAAGACAAGAACUUUGACGAGGAUGGACGAACCAAGAGAACAGGGACAUGGUUGACUGCAAGUGCACAUAUAAUAACAGCAGUGAUAGGAUCUGGAGUUUUAUCACUAGCAUGGGCAAUUGCACAAAUGGGUUGGGUGGCUGGUCCUGCUGUUCUCUUUGCAUUUUCUUUCAUUACUUAUUUCACUUCCACUCUUCUUGCUGAUUGUUACCGUUCACCUGAUCCUGUUCAUGGCAAACGAAACUAUACUUAUUCUGAGGUUGUCAGAGCUAACUUAGGAGGGAGGAAAUUUCAGCUCUGUGGAUUGGCUCAAUAUAUAAAUCUUGUAGGUGUAACCAUCGGCUACACAAUAACUGCAUCAAUUAGUAUGGUGGCUGUAAAAAGAUCAAACUGUUUUCACAAGCAUGGACAUGCAGACAAGUGCCAUGUAUCAAAUAACCCUUUCAUGAUAAUAUUUGCCUGCAUCCAAAUAGUUCUAUGCCAAAUUCCCAAUUUCCAUGAACUCUCCUGGCUCUCAAUUGUUGCAGCUGUUAUGUCUUUUACUUAUUCUUCCAUUGGUCUUGGCCUUUCCAUAGCCAAAGUUGCAGGUGGGGGACAUGUGAGGACAUCCAUAACAGGGGUGGAAAUUGGGGUAGAUGUUACUGCAACAGAAAAGGUGUGGAGGAUGUUCCAAGCUAUUGGUGACAUUGCCUUUGCUUAUGCUUUUUCUAAUGUUCUCAUUGAGAUCCAGGAUACCUUAAAAUCAAGCCCACCUGAAAACAGAGUGAUGAAGAGAGCAAGUUUAAUUGGCAUUUUGACAACAACAUUAUUUUAUGUGCUAUGUGGAACCUUAGGUUAUGCUGCAUUUGGAAAUGAUGCACCAGGAAAUUUUCUCACAGGAUUUGGCUUCUAUGAGCCCUUUUGGCUAAUUGACUUUGCCAAUGUUUGCAUUGCAGUUCACUUAAUUGGGGCAUACCAGGUAUUUGUCCAACCAAUAUUUGGGUUUGUGGAGGGCCAAAGCAAACAAAAAUGGCCAGAUAGCAAAUUUGUGAAUGGUGAACAUCCAAUGAAUCUUCCUCUAUAUGGAAGCUAUAAUGUGAAUUUCUUUAGAGUAAUAUGGAGAAGUUCAUAUGUGAUUAUCACUGCCAUCAUAGCCAUGUUGUUUCCAUUCUUCAAUGAUUUCUUGGGAUUAAUUGGUUCACUAUCCUUUUGGCCAUUAACUGUUUAUUUCCCAAUUGAAAUGUACAUUAAAAAGACCAAGAUGCAAAAGUUUUCAUUCACAUGGACUUGGCUCAAGAUAUUGAGUUGGGCUUGUUUGGUCAUUUCAAUUAUCUCAGCUGCUGGAUCAAUUCAAGGACUUGCUCAAUCUCUUAAGAAAUAUCAACCCUUCAAAGGAGAACAAUAAUGAUAGUUUGUUAAUUAAUUUCCAUUUGUAUUAGUAAUUUUCUUUUCUUUGUCAAUGUUAUUUCUUGUCUUUAAUAAGUUAUUACAAGAAAUCAAAUCCAAGGAUAAUGUAAUGUUAUCAAGUGCUUAUUGAUAGUGAACAAAUACAACAACAAGGAGUACAAUACAAAUCUUAUAUUAAUCUCAAA